AUGUUGAGGUAAUUAUGCCAUAAUGUAUUAUAGUGUAUUGGUGCAUUAGUGUAUAAGGAAUUGUAGGUGGAGCAGUCUACAAUGUAAGCUACCCCCCCCCCCUUCCUCAUCAGACAAUAGCCUUACUUUCCCGCCUUUUUGGGGGUACCUGUAUUGCCCAAUGUACUGAUACCCUAUAGGCAUGAUUGGGGAUCCUAUUGUAAGUUUUAGUGGAUGAGUGAUUUUCUUUUGUUCGGGGUCUGUGCACCCAGAGCUGCUAUAGCAGGGACAGAGAGACAUUGUAGAUUGGAGAGAGAGGAGAGAAGCACUAAUUUGUGCCUGCUAAUGGAGAUUGUUAUUUACUUCUGGCAGAUCACAAUUCAUGGCUGCAUGUGGUGAAAUCUCCUUAUUUGAUGAACUACACUUUCUACAAUAAGGUGGAAGCUUUGUUUAUGAUCAGGGGUCGGACGACAGCAUAUAGCGUUAGUGUUGCUUCGUCGUUAUAGUAUUGGCCGGGGCUGUGUUUUCUUUGGUGAAUAAAUGCAAGACUAAAGUUUACGUUGGACUCCCUAGCUGUUGUCAUUUCUGAAUCUCAACAAUGGUGUCAGAAGUGGGAUGACUGACGGCGAGGGACAACUGGACUGAGAUCAUCUGCACGGAUACUGACCAACCUCCAACUUCUUGCGGCCGUGACGUCGUCGGCUGGCGAUAUUUGGUGUCAGCAACGUCCGGAGGCAAAAGUGAACAUUGGACAGACAGUGAACAUUCAACAGCCUCGGUCAGAUACAUUGUGACCAUUAAUGAAUUUGAAGAACAUGUUCAUGUAAUGAUACACAUGAUUGAUGAUUUGUUCGUUUAAGUUUGCUUGUUGUGAAAUAUUAUUGUUCCUGUUGAAUUUCAUAAUUAACACAUUUAAGUGCAGGAAAAUGGCCCCUACAUCUACGACAACAACUGUGACAACAACAACAACAACUACCACGUCGACAGCAUCAUCCACACGACCUACUAUGACACCAAGGGAGCAACCUUCAGACAUGGACAUGCUGUCACAGUUCUUUCGUCGUUCCAUUGGGCUACAGAGCAUUCUCCAGAGCAACUUGCCCAAGUUUAGGGGAAUACCACAACACGCAAACGACAUUGCACUAUCGGAAUGGCUUGAGGAGUUCUAUGAGAUCACUGCUCAACACAACAUGGAAAUGGGCAGUAAGGCCAGACUUCUUGUAGAUCACCUUGCAGGACCGGCAAGGGAGGAAAUUAUGUGCCUUAGUGAAUCCCGAAGACGUGAUUUUGAUGAAGUUGUAGCAUGUCUUAAACUAUGUUUUGGCUACGAGGAAAAUACACAGUCGUUGAGCAGCAAGUUCCAUAACCGCGUACAGAGAGAAGGGGAAUCGCUUUGUGACUUCAGCCGGGCCUUGAUACGCCUAUACAUAAAGCUGGAGAAGGCAGCAAUCACCCAAGCCCAAGGUGAAGCUUUGGCACAAUUAAAAGACAAAGCUUUGAGUGACCAAUUUGUAAAUGGCGCACGUGAGGCUUGGGUCAGGAGGGAGUUGAGACGCAUCCAAUUAACUCAUGGGCCCAGUGGGUUCAAUAGGAUGAGAGCAGAGGCACUCCAGCUUUUCCAGGAGUCUCCAACAGCUCAGCGUACCAGAAUCAGAGAAGCGGACGUCGAGGUCGGACGGGUGGUCACAUCAGAUUCUGCACAUCUUCUGCAACAGAUGGUAGACCAACAGACAACUAUUAUGACUGAACUAGAACAGCUGAGAGGGGAGGUUACACGAUUGAAAAAUGCCAAACCUCAGAGAAGGAGGGUGAGUAGUGGAUGUUUUCAUUGUGGUCAGAAGGGACACUUUAUAAGGGAGUGUCCCAACAUGACACAUAUGCCUACCAACAAUGUCACUUGUUCAGGGGAGAAGUUGCCCACUUAG